CUCAUUAAUGAGCGUGUGCCUCGGUGCCGCGCAGAUCAGGAGGUUUCUGGAGGAGACCCGACUUUCAUUUGCAGUCAGCUGAUCGCAGCGGAUGACCGAAACAACAUCAACAGGUAUAGACCAACGAGAAAGGAGGAGGCUGGCUGAAUUAAAGGAUUGUAUGUCUGAAGCAAAUAGCCCAAACACUGACGAGAGCGGAACUAAAACGACUUGUGGGUUGGAUCGCCACAGAGCCGAACUCUAGCCGGAGAUAAGUAUAGCGUAGUGCGCGAGCCCAGCACAUACAUAGCUUAUAGCGUCUUCAGCGGGAAGAGACGGCCAUUCAACCAUGGAGGUGGCGGCGGCCGAUCAGUCUCGGUGGAUGGCGCAUCACCACGCGGUGCUCAACAGCCAGCACCCGGAUUCACAUCACCACAGUCUGAGUCACAACUACAUGGAGCCCAUGGCGCCGCUUUUGCCCCAGGACGAAGUUGACAUGUUUUUGAACCACUUGGACUCUCAAGGGAACCCUUACUACACUAACUCCCGGGCGCGGGUGACGUACAGCCAAGCACACGCUCGCCUAACAGGGAAUCAGGUCUGUCGACCACACCUUAUUCACAGCCCCGGUAUUCCCUGGCUGGACCCUGGGAAGGCGGCUCUCACCGCGGCUCACCACCAUAACGCGUGGGCGGUGAGCCACUUUGGCAAACCCGGCCUGCAUGCGGCCAGCUCCGGCUACCCGUGCAACAGCAGCUCCGGCACGGCCCCGGUGUCCUCUCUCACCCCGGCGUCCCACGCCAGCCCGCACCUCUACAGCUUCCCCCCAACGCCUCCCAAGGACGUGUCUCCGGACCCGGGCCCCACCUCGCCGACCUCCACCUCGACGAGAAUGGACGAGAAGGAGUCCGUCAAGUACCAGGUGCCGCUGACGGACAGCAUGAAAAUGGAGAGUUGCAGUCCGCUCCGCAGCAGCCUCGCCUCCAUGAACGCGCAGACGCCGGCCACGCAUCACCCCAUCCCGACGUACCCGGCCUACCCUCUGCCGACUCCCCACGACUACGGCGGGAGCCUCUUUCAUCCCGGGAGCCUGCUAUCCAGCUCCAGCUUCACGCCCAAAUGCAAGAGCAAGGCCCGGUCGUGCUCAGAAUUGUAUGCAGAGGGCCGUGAAUGUGUCAACUGCGGUGCCACUUCGACACCCCUGUGGCGGAGGGAUGGUACUGGCCACUAUUUAUGCAACGCCUGUGGACUGUACCACAAGAUGAACGGCCAGAACCGACCCCUAAUUAAGCCCAAGCGCAGACUGUCCGCGGCGAGACGUGCCGGCACCUGCUGCGCUAACUGCCAGACUACAACCACCACCCUAUGGAGGCGCAACGGCAACGGCGACCCCGUCUGCAACGCCUGCGGCCUUUACUACAAACUGCACAACGUCAACAGACCCCUCACCAUGAAGAAAGAAGGCAUCCAAACACGCAAUCGCAAGAUGUCGAGCAAGUCCAAGAGAAGCAAACGGGUAGGGGACGGCUUUGAGGACUUCUCCAAGUGCAUGCAUGACAAGGCCUCUCCCUUCGGCGGCGCACCAGGCCUGACCAGUCACAUGACCCACAUGGGUCACCUGCCCCCCUUCAGCCACUCGGGACACAUGCUGCCGACUCCCACGCCCAUUCAUCCCUCCUUCGGUCAUCCUCACCACUCCAACCGUUCACCAGUUUGGGCUGAGCCCCACUGAAGUUGAGUCCAGAAUCCGAACACCACCAUCACCACGUCGCCUCAUUGCCAUUAACUCUUUGUGGUCUCCAAACCGUGGCAAUAGCUGAAGUGAAGGGUCACUUCACGUUUAGUGGGUAAGGAUGAUGGACACUCGGUUGGACAUUAAAGUUACAUGGCUGUGUUUUGGCCUGACCUUACUGCCUGACAGAGACAGACGGAGAGAGGAGCAGCCUUGUACCGAACUCUUGUUGAGAGCCAAAAUUGAGAGGAGAGAAGCAACGCGGCAAUGGAGUGUAUGGAGCCUCGUUGUUCUUUUUUGCUUAAUUCGACUAAGUCACUUUUGGUACCCACCUCUGCUUGAGACUCAUGAGAGGUCCUAAAAGAACACCCGUGUUCAUCCUCUGACCAUCUCAUCACAUACUGAAAUGCGUGUGACCCCUCCAUUACCAGGCUUUUGUCCGCAGUUGUGCCGGACAAACAGACAGACUUGUUUAAAUGGUGGGAGUGACGGACCGGCUGAACAACAGCACAGCAGCCACACACCUCUGUCACGAAUCGGUCACACCUAGAGAGAACAACAAUACCCAUAAACCACUGCUCCCCUCACAUGCUGGAAUGUACAUUACCAAAAUGCUCACCUGUUUUUAAUAAUGGACUUUUUUUUUUUGGAAAAGAACACAAAUAAAUGGGGUGUUUAUAAACGCUUAAUUGCUAUUAUUGUUGUUAUUUUUAAUGUAAUAAGUAUUGCUACAAUAAUUUAUUUUCACUCUUUAAAGCUUUCAUCAAAGACACAUGGAAACUGUUAUGAUUUUGAUUUCAUGGUUAUUAUGUAAAGAGAAACACUGACCUAUCUUAGACAAAAAUGUCCCUGAGCUGUACGUUUCUAUCAUUUUUCAUCUCACAAAAAUAAAGGAAAUAAAGUUUAAUACAGAA